AGGAGGCGGAGACGCCUGGCAGGCGGCGGCCAGGCGAGCGCGGCGGCCGGACCGGGGCGAUGGCGCCCGCGCAGCGCCCGCUGCUCCCGCUGCUGCUCCUGCUGCUGCCGCCGCCGCCCUGCGCGCGCGCCGACGACGGGGCCCGCGCCAACGCCGACCGCCACGCCGUCUACUGGAACCGCAGCAACCCCAGGUUCCACGCAGGCUCCGAGGACGACGGCGGGGGCUACACGGUGGAGGUCAGCAUCAACGACUACCUGGACAUCUACUGCCCGCACUACGGGGCGCCGUUGCCGCCGGCUGAUCGCAUGGAGCAUUACGUGCUCUACAUGGUCAACGGCGAGGGCCACGCUUCCUGCGACCACCGGCAGCGCGGCUUCAAGCGCUGGGAGUGCAACCGGCCCGCGGCCCCGGGCGGGCCCCUCAAGUUCUCCGAGAAGUUCCAGCUCUUCACGCCCUUCUCGCUGGGCUUCGAGUUCCGGCCGGGCCAUGAGUACUACUACAUAUCUGCCACACCACCCAACGCCGUCGACAGGCCCUGCCUUCGGUUGAAGGUUUAUGUGAAGCCAACCAAUGAGACAAUCUACGAGCCCCCGGAGCUGAUCUUCACCAGCAAUAACUCGUGCAGCGCCCUGGGGAGCUGCCGCCUGUUCCUCAGCGCCGUCCCCGUGUUGUGGGGUCUCCUGGGGUCCUAGUCGCGGCCCCCGCCGGACAUCGCCCACCUCCGAGACCAAA